AUGGUAUCGAGUACUUAUAAUUCUAACAGUACUCCGCUAUCAGUUUUCCGUAAUUAUCAUCAAUUAGUACCGAAUAGUUUUAGUUCUGUAUUUUUAAAUAUUAUUUCAUCACCAACAUCACUAACUUUAAUGAAUGAUAUGGAUAAUCUGCUAAUAUUCAACCUUACACCACCAGGCUUCUUUCCACCAAUAACAGAUACAGGAUCAGUGCCUUUGAUUACAUCCGAAGAAGCAUGUCUACUUGGUAUGUAUAAAGAUCAAUAUGGUAUCAAUGACUGUAUCCUUUGUCCAACUGGCACAAAAAAUCUUGGCAAUUCUUCAAUUAAAUGUUUAAGUGGUCCUUCAUGCGAAGAAGAAUUAUAUAAUUUGAAAAAAUUUAAUGCUUUUCAAUCUUUUUCAAAGAAUGGAAAUAUUCUAGCACAAACAUUAUAUGUGGGUCUAUCACUAACAAAAGUCAUCAAUGAAACAGUACCGAUGAAAGGCGAAGAGAGCAACUAUAGUGGUAUCUACAUAUUUACAUCGAAAAUUAAAUCAGAUAACUUAUAUGUUUCAAAAGACCAAUAUAUUCAAUCAACAUCAAUGGAGACCGUAUUAAAAAUUGAUAUAGAUGAAACACCGUUCUAUAUCAAAACCGUACAACAACCAAUAGCUAGAUACGCCCAAAUUAUAUUUCGUACCAUUCUAUUUACUAUAGUUUGUUUGGAAAUAUUUGGUGUUGUAUUCCUAUUGUGCUAG